AUGGACUCAAACACGACAAAUUGCUAUGCCAUAGACAACACAUUCUCAUACUAUGCUGGGAGCUGUCGUGGUGGCUUCGACUUCACUCUUUUGUUCGAGCAGACCAUCUUGACUGCUUUGCCGGUUGGACUUUUUAUGCUGGUGGCCCCCGGGCGAAUAUGGUAUCUUUUGAAGAGGUCGAAAAAGACAACCACUAGCUUGUUACUUCCGCUCAAAGUCGCAUCAUACGCCGGGUUAGCAGCUUCACAACUCGCUCUGUUGACGCUCUGGACGCUCCCAUCUGCCAAAAGAACAAGCGCAUCGAUUCCAGUUCAGGGGGUGCUGUUGGCUUCCACAGCAGUCUUUUGUCUACUAUCCUACUUCGAACACACCCGCACAGUCCAUCCGUCGUUUCUCCUUGACAUUUAUUUGGGCGUGAGUCUGCUCCUUGAUACUGCGCAAUGCAGAACGCUAUGGCUGCGAGGCCCAGCGUUUUAUGGCAACACCAUUGCCAUUCUAUUCAGUGUCUCCGUUUUGUUCAAGGCAAUUCUCCUGGUACUGGAAUCGCUAGAAAAGCGACGGUUUUUGCGUCCGGAGUAUAAGGGUUGCCCACCCGAGGCGACAGCCAGCAUAUUUACUAAAAGUUUUUUCUCGUGGUUGAACCCGCUGUUCUUUAAGGGGUUCUCAUCCCUCUUAGAGGUGGAUGACUUGUUUAUAGUUGAUAAACAAAUGCAUUCGGAGAAAAUCCAUGAAAAGAUGGAGACUACUUGGAACGAAUCUGCAAAAACUUCCCCCCAUUCAUUGCUACUCGUUGCUCUAUCGGUUCUAAAGUGGCCCAUUCUGUCCGUCAUUCCUGCGCGAGCGUGCCUUGUUGCCCUCAAUUUCAGUCAGCCGUUGCUUAUCAAUCGAGCCGUAUACCUGUCAGUGGAUGCUGUUACGCCUUGGACAACGAAUGUUGGCUAUGGAUUAAUAGGCGCAUAUAUUCUUGUCUAUACAGGGUCGGCGGUGGCCAUGGGUCUGUAUCAACAUCUAUGUUAUCGAUCAAUCACCAUGGUUCGAGGGGGCUUAAUCUCCAUGCUCACGCGCAAGACGACAGACCUCAGCGUUCGAGACGUAGACCCCGCCUCUUCAAUAACCCUUAUGAGCGCAGACGUCGAGCGUAUCGUCCAAGGCUGGCAGACAAUGCAUGAGAUGUGGGCUAAUUUGGCGGAGAUUGCGGUUGCUAUUGUACUUCUUGAAGGGCAGCUUGGAAUAUCAUGCCUUGUUCCUGUGGGAGUCUCAAUUGCUUCCCUAGCGGCAUCAAUUCUCGCCUUGAACUUUGUGGUCGCAAAACAGGCGCUUUGGCUGGAGGCUAUUGAGAAACGUAUUUCUGCGACAACAACCAUGCUUGGAUCCAUGAAGGGCAUUAAGAUGACUGGGUUGAAGAAUGUGAUGCACAACAGUAUCCAUGCGCUGCGUAUUGCCGAGUUAAAUAUUUCGAAAGGCUUCCGGCGUCUCCUGAUCUGGAACAUGGGCGUAGCAUAUAUAUCUCAAAUAUUUGCCCCGAUUAUCACAUUUGCUGUCUUCGUCACAGUCUCACACAACCAAGGCGACGAUGUGGCACUCGACACGGCCCGAGUCUACACGGCAUUGUCAAUCUUCGCGUUAAUGACGGAUCCUAUCACUACUCUCGUGAUUUCGCUUUCCUCAUUCGCGGGCUCCGUUGGAUCCUUUACACGUAUUCAAGAAUUCCUGCAGAAAGAUGCCUUGAUCGACAAGCGCCAGGCUCCUUCCACGAACAGCUCAUCGGACGAAUUGAUCAAAGAAGCUCUGCCAAAUGUUUCAGAAAAAUCAAGCAUCGUAACUAGUGAUGCGACGUCUUCUGACACAAAGUCCCCUCGAUCUCAGACUCCCUCUUCGUCGGCAGACAUAAUCAGCCUUAACAGCUGUGAUUUUGGUUGGGAUGCGGAGAAAGAGCCAUUGUUAAAAUCCAUUGCGAUGUCUGUCGCGGAGAGCAAACUUUCCAUGAUCGUCGGGCCCGUGGGUUGUGGAAAAUCAACAUUGCUGAAAGCUAUACUCGGUGAAAUUUCGCCUUUGCAUGGCUCUGUGUACAUGGGAACAGAUCAGAUUGCAUACUGCGACCAGACAGCAUGGCAUGUGAACGAUACAAUUAGAAAUAGUAUACUUGCGGCCAGUGAAUUUGAUGAGCAGUGGUACAGCACUGUCCUCCAUGCUUGCGCUUUACAUGAAGACCUGCGACAGUUGCCUCAGGGCGAUCAAACGAUGAUUGGUAGCAAGGGAGUAGCCUUGAGUGGAGGCCAAGGCCAGCGUAUAGCAUUAGCAAGAGCGGUGUAUGCAAAGAGGCGGCUUGUGCUUCUCGACGAUCCUUUUAGCGGGCUUGACACGUCAACUGAGAAUCACAUAUUCCAUAGCCUGAUGGGAAGAUCCGGUCUAUGGAGAGAGAUGCAGGUGACAGUCCUGUUGACUUCUUCGUCUGUUAAACGCCUUCCAUAUUCCGAUCAUAUCUUCGUGCUAAAUGAGAAUGGUACAAUCACAGAGCAAGGCCAUUUUGACGUGCUCGCUUCAACUGGUGGUUACGUGUCGACCUUUAAUCUCAGCCAGCCAGAUUGGGAUUUCACUCCGGAAGAGCGAAGCUAUCACGUACCGACUGUUGUUGAAAAGGAGAAAGUUAUUCAGACGGAUGAUGAUUUGGAAGCCGAAGCCAAUCGCGCAACAGGCGAUUUCACCAUUUACAGGUACUACUUUAACUCAGUAGGGUGGUUUGGAAUUGUUGUGUUCUUGGUGUGCAUUUCGGGAUUUGUGUUCUGCAUAUCUUUUCCAAGUAUCUGGUUGAAGUGGUGGGCGGCCUCUAAUGUGCAGUAUCCGUAUGAAAAGACUGGCUACUACAUGGGAAUAUACGUGAUGCUUGGCUUCCUGGCUUUGAUUACAUUGUGCAUCAGCUGCUGGCAACUCAUUAUUACCAUGGUGCCAAAGUCUGGGGAGAGAUUCCACUUGACGCUGCUUAAUACUGUUCUCAGUGCGCCGACGUCUUUCUUUGCCUCGACAGAUACUGGAGUCACGUUGAACAGAUUCAGCCAGGACCUGCAAUUGAUUGACAUGGAGCUGCCAGUGGCUGCGUUGAAUACGUUCGCUACACUCGUACUGUGUAUUGCGCAGACAACUCUCAUUGGAGUGGCGUCUCCAUAUACUGCCAUCUCAUUCCCUAUUGUUCUUAUUGCGUUAUAUUUCAUUCAAAAGUUCUACCUCCGAACAUCACGUCAACUCCGGUUCAUGGAUCUCGAAGCAAAGGCCCCAUUGUAUUCUCAGUUUACCGAAUGCCUCAGCGGACUAGUUACCAUCCGGGCAUUUGGCUGGCAAAAGGAAAUGGAGGAUAAGAGUCGAUACCUGCUUGAACGGUCACAGCGUCCGUUUUAUCUUCUUUUUUCAAUCCAGCGAUGGCUGACGCUUGUCCUGGACCUUGUUGUUGCUGCAAUUGCGACCAUCUUGAUCAUUUGUGUUGUUGAGAUGCGAGGGUCGAUCAGCGCAGGCUAUGUCGGUGUUGCGCUGUUCAACAUUAUCCAGUUCAGUCAAAGUAUCAAACUGCUUAUAACAUUUUGGACGAAUCUGGAGACUCAUAUUGGAUCGAUUGCAAGAGUCAAGAUCUUCAACGAAACGGUCAAGCCUGAAGAUCGGCCAGAGGAGAACAAUCCGGUGCCGGCAGCCUGGCCUGCACAGGGGGCAAUCGAAUUCAAGUCUGUGUCUGCCAGUUAUAGACCUGAAGAGCCUAUACUGCAAAACAUAGAUCUGUCGAUUCGCAGCGGUGAGAAGAUAGGCAUUUGUGGACGAACUGGAAGUGGCAAGAGUUCUUUGGUGCUGGCUAUCUUCCGUAUGGUCGAAUUGUCCGGGGGCAGUAUUACCAUUGACGGCGUCGAUCUAUCGACAAUCCCACGACAGGAGAUUCGAGCGCGAAUUACGGGCGUUGCCCAAGAUCCAUUCCUGAUCAAGGGUAGUGUAAGACUAAAUGCCGAUCCAAACAGUACGGCGACUGAUGAAGCGAUUGCGGACGCAUUGCGGAGUGUUCAUUUACUUUCUGUGGUCGAACAGAAGGGCGGUUUAGAUGUGGAUGUGGAAGAGCUUCAUCUAUCACAGGGACAAAAGCAGCUCUUCUGUCUAGCCCGAGCGAUGCUGCGACAUAGCAGUAUUCUUAUCCUUGAUGAGGCUACUAGCAACGUCGACGCCAAAACAGACGAAAUCAUGCAACGCGUCAUCCGCGAAAAAUUCAGCAAUCACACCAUCCUUGCCGUGGCGCACAAGCUUGACACAAUCCUCGACUUUGAUAAAGUCGCCAUGCUCGAAGCGGGCGAGUUGAUCGAAUUCGAGGAUCCAUACACCUUGCUCUCCACAGACUCAGCCUUCAACCGACUAUAUACGUAUAGUAUGGCCGAAGAGAACGAGAAGGAGGGCGAGAUGGAUGUAGAAGUGAUUGUGCGAGAGUCGGGGACACAAUCGAUUGUGUCGAGCGUUGAGUAG